AUGGCGUCGGCACCGUUUUCAGCUAUCCUUAAAAAGUCUGGUAACUUCACCUCAACUUUUCUACUCUGUAGAUCCUACUGUUCCACAGUCACAAACCGUAAAAACCUAUUCUCCAGAAUAAGCCCACUUGGUGACCCUUCCAUCAGCAUUUCCCCCAUUCUCGAAAACUGGCUCCAAGAAGGUAACUCUCUCGAUUACCAACAGCUUCAUCGCAUCAUCAAAACCCUCCGCUCUAGCAAACGCUUCAAUCAAGCACUCCAGGUUUCUGAAUGGAUGAGUAGCAAAGGGCUAUGCCCAAUUUUAGCAACUGACCAUGCUGUGCAACUAAAUCUUAUUGGCAAAGUUCGUGGACUGGGUAGUGCGGAAAGCUAUUUUCAGAAUUUAAAUGAUGAAGAUAAAACUGAAAAGGCUUAUGGUGCCCUUUUGAAUUGUUAUGUAAGAGAAGGACUGGUUGAUAAGUCACUCUCUCUGAUGCAGAAAAUAAAGGAUAUGGGUUUUGUUUCUGUUCUCAAUUACAACAAUAUUAUGUGUCUUCUCUUGCAAAGUGAGCAAUAUGAGAAAGUCCCUGGUGUUUUGGCAUUGAUGAGAAAGGACGGUGUUUCUCCCGACACUUUCAGCUAUAGGCUUGGCAUAAACUCUUACGGUGCUCGAUCAGAUCUUAUGAGUAUGGAGAAACUCUUGGAAGAAAUGGAACAGCAAAGCCACGUUGGAUCGCAUUGGAUCACAUACUCUAUGGUGGCUAACUAUUACAUCAAAGCUGACCUGAAAGAGAAAGCUUUGAUUUACUUGAAAAAAUGUGAGGACAAAGCAGACAAACGCGACACAAUUGCAUACAAUUAUCUGAUUUCACACUAUGCAAGUCUUGGAAACAAAAAGGCAAUGAUGAGAUUAUGGAAACUUCAGAAAGAGAAUUGUAAAAAGCAACUUAACAGGGAAUAUAUAACCAUGCUGGGUUCUUUGGUGAAGCUGGGUGACCUUGAUGAAACUGAAAAGUUACUUGUAGAGUGGGAGUUAUCUGGUAAUUUUUAUGAUUUCAGGGUUCCAAACAUCCUCUUGAUUGGUUAUUCCAAGAACGGGUUGAUUGAAAAAGCGGAAACAAUGCUGCAAAGCAUGGUUGGGAAAGGAAAGAAUCCUAUUCCUAACAGUUGGUCUAUCAUAGCUGCUGGAUAUGUUGACAAGGGGAACAUGGAGAAGGCGUUUCAAUACAUGAAAGAAGCUGUGGCUGUACAACCCAAUAAUAAAGGUUGGAGACCAAAAAGGGAUGUCAUUUCCAGCAUAUUGAGUUGGGCUACCAGUAACAGAGAUAUAGAUGAAGUAGAAGAUUUUGUGAAUUCACUGAAGACUGUGACUUCAAUGGAUAGGGAUAUGUAUCUGUUAUUGAUCAAGAUGUAUGUUAGAUGUGGGAAAGAGGUCGAUAAGAUUUUAGAGAGUAUGGCAGUUGAUAAUAUAGAGCUUGAUGAUGAGAUUAGGGAAAUUCUUAACUCAAGUUCACAAUAA